AUGUCAUUUGAAGUUUCCGAUGAUGAAGAUAGCUUUGCCCCCAACGAUAGUGAAAAUAAUGAAAAUAUGGCCCCGCCAAAUUCCAUUUCCAUUAGUAGCGACGAGGAAACCCAGGAACCACCUAUAGUAUAUGAAUUAACCUCUGACGAAGAAGCACCCAAAACUCUAGAUAUACGUAAAAAGAAACAAGCACUCAUAAGAAAUCUUUUUCCUUGCACUAAAUCUACUUUGAAAACCGGCACUAGGGAUCUGAAAUCUUCAAUUGUACAACAAAAACCUAAAGGAUUUGAGAAGAUGAUAGGUGGUGUGAAGGUUCAUAUACCUGUUGAACCAUAUGGCAGUCAAACGGCACUGAUGUUCAAGGUAAUAACUGCCAUCAAUAAAAGCCAGAACUGUCUGUUGGAGAGUCCAACCGGAUCUGGCAAAACAUUAGCACUACUUUGCGGCGCAUUGGCAUGGGAACCGUCCGACCUCCGCCCGCGGGCGACAAUUGAUCACAAGUGUUCGCGUGACCCGCACAACCCGCAGUCCAACAAGCCAACGAGCAACUUC